AGAUCUAAUUUGUCGCACGAAGGUUUGGUAACGCCAACGCUCAUAGCUUAAAUCUUGGCAUUGAGAUUUCACACUACAAAGAAACUUUCUUCGUUCCGAAAUUUCACUGCCGUAGUCCUCUUUAGCAUUUAUUAUAUCCACUCAAAAAGGAAAAAAAUUGUAUCCCAAUUCUUCAUUUCGACCCGACCCACCAAAAUUUUUCCUUUUUUUUUUUUCUUUCUCAAUUUUCUUUGUAGAUCGUUUCUUUUAUCAUUGUGAUCAUCGUUCAUAAAGUGUUUUCCUUCGUUUUCUGUAAGAAAAGAGUCGUGAAUUACCAAGUUUCCUUGGUGGGUUUUUCAAAGGUUUGAUUUUUUUUUUUUUCUUUGGUAUUGUUCUCUUGGUCAGGAGUUGUAGUUUUGUUUGAUAAUUAUUUGUGAUUUUGUCUGAAAAAAUGAUCUGCACGAUCAAGCAGUCAGCUUUAGCUAGGUGCGUUAAUGGGUUGGGGUCAGAUUCGCUUCUUCAACGGAGAACGGCCUACCCAAUUCGUCGAUCUUCCUUCUUACCUCCUCUUGAGGCUCAGAGUCUCCCUAAGAGCUCGCUUUCUGUGUCGAAACCGUUGCAUGUCUCUUCAAUUGAUGGGCUUGGGUUGGUAAAACCACUGAAAUCGGAGAUCAGAUGCAACGCUUAUGAGGCUGACCGAUCGCAGCCGGUGGAGGCACAGGAUGCCAAAUUGGAAGCUGCGAAGAGGGUCAAGAUUGGGAUUUACUUUGCGACUUGGUGGGCUUUGAACGUGGUGUUCAAUAUCUAUAACAAAAAGGUCUUGAAUGCCUAUCCGUAUCCAUGGUUGACUUCGACCCUGUCUCUUGCUUGUGGGUCUCUGAUGAUGUUGAUCUCCUGGGCUACUAGGAUCGCUGAGGCGCCAAAGACCGAUUUCGAGUUCUGGAAGACCUUGUUUCCGGUUGCUGUGGCUCAUACAAUUGGACAUGUAGCAGCAACAGUGAGUAUGUCAAAAGUUGCAGUUUCAUUUACCCACAUUAUCAAAAGUGGUGAGCCUGCUUUCAGCGUCCUGGUUUCAAGGUUCCUCCUUGGAGAGACCUUCCCUGCUGGUGUUUACCUGUCCCUUGUUCCAAUCAUUGGUGGUUGUGCUCUUGCUGCCGUGACUGAACUCAACUUCAACAUGACUGGUUUUAUGGGGGCUAUGAUAUCAAACCUCGCAUUUGUCUUCCGCAACAUAUUUUCAAAGAGAGGAAUGAAGGGGAAAUCUGUUAGUGGGAUGAACUACUAUGCCUGCCUAUCUAUGUUAUCUCUCUUAAUUCUUACUCCUUUUGCAAUCGCGGUAGAGGGACCGCAAAUGUGGGCAGCAGGAUGGCAAAAAGCCAUUUCUGAAAUUGGACCACAUUUUAUUUGGUGGGUGGCAGCUCAAAGUGUGUUCUACCAUCUCUACAACCAGGUGUCAUAUAUGUCUCUUGACCAGAUAUCUCCAUUGACAUUCAGCAUCGGAAACACCAUGAAGCGUAUAUCUGUCAUAGUCUCAUCCAUCAUCAUAUUCCACACACCAGUUCGACCUGUCAAUGCUUUGGGUGCUGCAAUCGCAAUCCUCGGAACCUUCUUGUAUUCCCAGGCAAAGCCGUGAGGAACCUGGGGUUCGAGAAUUUUGCUCCAUUAUGUAGCGUACGUUAUGAAAGAGAAGUUAGUAUCGGUGGUUUCUUUGUUUCGGGAUCUAUGAUUGCUGGAUUUUGGCAGAUGUAGUGGCAGCAGAUCAUGCUGUAGAUGAUGAUAAUAAUGGUUCAUAAACAACUUCAUAAAUAUUAUUACUAGGCAGGUUUUUUUUCUUCAAAUGUUGGUGGGGGGCUGGAGGGGAAAACAAUGUUUGAAAUAAACAAGGGUUGUGCUGCAGACCUUGUCCCUUUCAGCUGACAUGAAUAACGACAAUGUGGACAAUGUUGUUUGUUACAAAAAAAUCAUUUUUAAAUUAUUGGUUUUGGUGCUAUUCUAAAGGAAUGAAUGGACAGGAGAUCU